AUGACUGCGACUCACAUCAUCUUGGGUUUAACGCCUACACGCGAAUAUGCAGUUAGAAGAGAUAUUUUAGUAGGUGUAAAAGCGCCUGAAUUUUCGAUCUUCGAUAAAAGUGGAAAGAAUCUUCAAUAUCGAAUCGAAUCUAAAUACUUAGGACUCCAAAAAAUAGAACUCGUAUCUUAUCCUUCCAAGCAAGUUGUAGGUCGACUCAAUAGUAAAGUUACGUGGUUUUUAUACGAAGCAACAUUUGAAAUACUCAAUUCUCAAACACAACAGUGGAUCACUGGCAGUAUUAAUCAGAAACUCCAGAUUUUAAAUCACAGAUCUGUUAUUGAAUGGAAUGGACGGCGAAUUCUGAUGGAACACAACAUUGCUUCAUUGACGACUCGUUUUCUCGAUGAUCAACGAGGUGGUCAACUUGUAGCAGAAUAUAAAGUAUCUCUUGCUUCUAUGUUUUGGGCAACAAAGUACUCGUUACAAAUUUUCAGUAGUGAUUUGCCGGAUGCCUUAUUUAUAUUUGGUCUGUCCGCUCGCGAUUACAUCAUCACAAAAAAUAGUCAAAAAAAAAUAAAUCAAAAUAUUUAG